GGCAAUACUGGCAAGUGGUAGAUGGUCCCGCCUCCUCAUUGACCAUUGAAACAGCUGAUAUUGCUUUAGGCUCCUAUACCAUGAAUGUGGCAAUCUAUCAUUACCGGGGACGUGAGAAAUUCAUUCCUAUUGGUGGUGCCUCAUCUCAGUUCAGCAUCACUGACCAGAUCCCGUUCCAAGUGAACAUUGCACAACUUCUUGAUACCGAUGGGACAGAUAGUCGCUUUGUGCGAAACCGAGCCAUCUCCUUUGCUGUGCAGCUCCAUGAUCCUAGUCAAUACCUCCAUGAUGCUGACAUCUCCUACUCCUGGGAUUUUGGUGACCAGAGCGGGACCCUGAUUUCUCGAUCAACCAUGGUCACUCACACCUACCUUUCCGCUGGUACCUUCAGCCCUCGCGUGGUGGUUCAGGCUGCCAUACCUGUGGCCUCAUGUGGAGGCAGUACUUCAGAAGACCCAUUCAUCAUGCCCACAACCCUCAUGACCACCACCACUCCGAGUGGAACUACGGUUCAAGCUUCCAGUGUGUUUUCCACUAUAAAUAGCAUCACUGGGGCAAGCACUGAAGAGGCUGUGACUUCUG